AAAAAUGUCUUCUUCAACUCAACAAAAUCUUUCUUUUGGUACUUAUCCAAUUAUGCAAUCAAAAGAAAAACACGAAGAUAUUAAAUUUAUUGAUAUACAAGAUAUUGGGGCUGAAUUGGAUGGAGAAGAGAUUUGGCUCAGAGCCCGUAUUCACGAUAGUAGAGGAAAAGGCAAAAAUUGUUUUAUUUGUUUACGUCAACGUAUUUAUAGUGUUCAAGGGGUUUUAUUUGUUGGGGGAGAAAUUACUAAAGAAUUUGUUAAAUUUGCUCAAAAUAUUUCGAAAGAAUCAUUAGUUGACGUUUUUGGUCAAAUUACAAAAACGCCUUCACCAGUCUCAAGUUGUACUCAAAGUGAUGUUGAAAUUAAAAUUCAAAAAUUAUUUAUUGUUUCUGCUUCUGAGCCAAGAAUGCCUUUACAAAUGGAAGAUGCUACUAGACCUGAUAUUGGAGAAGAAACUGGGGGUUUGGCUGUUGUUAAAUUGGACACUAGAUUGGAUAAUAGGUUUGUCUUUUGUAAAAGGGCACUCCUGCAGUUUAAGGGGGCCGCCUUUCUUUAA